CUAAUAAAAAAAUCACCCUGGCUGGUGCAGAAUCCAACCUCCAGCUCCUCCUCUCUCUCUCAUCAGGAGGGGGGAACACGAGCCGCCCGCACCGCCCCUCCGCACAUUCACCGGCUCCACUCCACCGGGUGGAUGAAACACAAACGCACCACUGUCGCCCACCUUACCCCCCACCUCAACAAAAAUGAAGCCUUUCUAACACCGUUUUAGCAUGGCGCCGCGAUACGCUUUUUGCCUUUUACUGUUUUUCUCCUCCUCCAUCUCAACUUGCGCGCCGGACAUAAGGUGCAGUCUCUCGGGUCGUUUGGCGCACAUCAGCGCGCCCCCCCAUCGGGAGCUCCUGGCGCAGGAUUUGGCGCAUUUUGGAGCGCUUCCAGUCGGGGACUUUGUCGGAUCUACCGAAGUCACCGCUGCGAUCGCGGGAAGUUCACCCAAAGUCGAAGCACCACCCGCGCGGCAAGAAGACGCAUGUUGCCCCCAAGAAAAUGCGUGGGACUAUCAAGUAAAACUUUCGCCGCCUGACAACCAAAACGACGUGGACAGCGAGGAAAACGGGGAUGAUGUGGAUUCAACAGCGGAUGAAAACCGGCGGAGGAGAAGCGCGAGGGGCGCAGAGACUUGGGCCGAUGUGGGAGGCGAGGACGCGCACGUAGCUUCGUUGGAGGUCCAGUUGGCCAGCUCCACCUUCGCCCUGGCCGGGGACACCGCGCACAACCAGGCGAUGGUGCACUGGUCCGGCCAGAACAGCAGCGUGAUCCUCAUGUUGACCAAAUACUACGACUUCAGCUCAGGCAGAGUGACGGAGAGUUCUUUGUGGAGAUCCACCGAUUACGGCAGCACGUACGAGAAACUUAAUGAGAAAGCGGGGCCCAAGACCAUCCUGAGCUACUUGUACGUCAGUCCCAACAACAAGCGCAAGAUCAUGCUACUGACCGACCCGGAGGUGGAGAGCAGCCUGCUCAUUAGCCUUGACGAGGGGGCGUCCUAUCAGAAACACAGCUUAGCCUUUGAUAUCCUCAGUCUUCUUUUCCACCCCGAGCAGGAGGACUGGAUCCUGGCUUACAGCCACGACCAAAAGCUGUACGUCUCCGUGGAAUUUGGCAGGAAGUGGCAGCUUGUGCACGACAACGUUGUCCCCAACAGAUUCUACUGGUCCAGGUUGGGCUUGGACAAAGAGCAAGGAAUGAUCCACCUGGAGAUCAACGUCUCUGACGGACGGUCGCAGUACAUCACUUGCAAACUUCAAAAUUGCUCAGAGGGAAACAAGGGCAAGCCUUUCCCCGGGUUUAUCAUCCCCAACUCCCUGGUGGUGCAGGAUGAAUAUGUUUUCAUCCAGGUGCCAACAGGAGGCCAGUCCGUCCAUUACGUGUCCUACAGAAGACACUCCUUCUACCCGGUCAAGCUUCCAAAGUACACUCUGCCAAAAGAUUUGCAGAUUAUCAGCACCGAUGACAACCAGGUGGUGGCAGCCAUUCAAGACUGGCACCAGAAUGACUCGUACAACCUGUACAUGUCCGAGUCCAGGGGUCUCUUCUUCACGCUGAUGCUGGAGGACGUGGUGAGCAGCGGAGGGCCGGAAGGCAACAUCAUGAUCGACCUUUACGAGGUUGCCGGGAUUAAAGGGGUGUUUCUGUCAAAUAAAGUUGUCGAGAACCAAGUGAAAACUUAUAUCACGUAUAACAAAGGAAGAGACUGGCGGCUCCUGCGGGCCCCGUCGACGGAUCUCCAAGGCAAACGGGUCGACUGUGAGCAACCGUACUGCUCGUUACAUCUGCAUCUUCACGUUUCGGAGAACCCUUACACCUCUGGAAACAUCGUCAGCAAAGAUACAGCGCCUGGAGUUAUCAUUGCAUCGGGAGUCGUCGGACCAGAACUUACCACCACUAAUGUCAGCAUUUUCAUCACAUCAGACGCCGGCAAUACGUGGAGAGAGGUUUUUCAGGAAGAGUACAGCGUAUUUUUCCUGAAUCAAGGAGGAUCUCUGGUGGCUAUCCGACACACACCUCUGCCUAUUAGACAUAUCUGGCUGAGUUUUGAUGAGGGCAGAAACUGGGACAAAUUUAGCUUCACCUCCUCGCCGCUCUAUGUCGACGGGGUGCUGGGGGAGCCCGGAGAGGACACCCUCAUCAUGACAAUCUUCGGUCACUUCAGUCACCGAUCCGAGUGGCAACUCGUCAAAAUUGACUUCCGCUCCAUUUUUCAACACCGCUGCACUUCGGAAGAUUACGUGACGUGGCAGUUGGACAAUGAGGGAGAAGUGUGCAUCAUGGGAAUGAAGAGAAUCUUCCAGAAACUGCGAGUAAACGCUCGAUGUGUCAAGGCCAGAGAACAGUACAUCUCUCAGAUGUCAGAAUCCUGUCCGUGCACAGAGGCCGAUUUUGAGUGCGACUAUGGAUUUGAGAGGCAGGUCGAUGGGAGCUGCACGCCAUCGUUCUGGUUUGUUCCGUCGGCCACAUCCAGAGAUUGCAUCAACGGGGACAGCUUCCUCAAUUCCACAGGAUACCGCCGAGCUUUAUCUAACAACUGCACCGCGGGGACUCUGCCAAAGUACAGCCCCAGGCGACAGAAGUGUCCCAGUCAAGUCCCCAAGGGCCUGCAGCUCUUCACCAGCGAGGGCACACUGGUAGCCACGCUCGAUAAGAACGUCACCUUCUUGGUCUUUCUCGAAGAGGGCCUCGGCUCGACGACGAGCAUCACGGUGGAUUUUGGCGACGGCACCGCCAUAUCCUACGUGAACAUCAGCUCCAUCGAGGACGGGGUCAAGCACGUCUACGGCAAAGUCGGCAUCUACAAAGUUUCUGCCAUCGCGAGCAACUUUCUAGGAUUUGAUCGGGUGACUCUGUACCUCCACGUCACUUGUUUGCUGGAGCAGGUGCAGCUCUCCGGUCCGUCCGUGGCCGUCAAGAACAAAGCCGUAAACUUCACGACGGCACUGCGGCCCGUCAACGUGGGCACGGUCACGUACUACUGGUGGUUUGACAACAAAACAGAGCCUUUGCUCAGCCUGGUUGGAGGGACGUCCUUCACAUUCACCCGGGAAGGAAGUCACAUGGUCACUGUGCAGGCUUCAGUCGGGAACACGGUCCAGCAGGACCACAUGACGGUGGCGGUUUACGAUUAUUUCCAGUCACAUAUUCUGGCUUUUUCCUCUAAUCUGGAUGAUGCCAAUCCCGAUCUUGCUGAGUGGCGGACAGACAUCGGGAGGGUGGUGAGGCGCUCUGUGGUUCAGGUCACCGGGAUCAGCGAGGAUCAGCUGCUGAUCAGCGUGCUCCCCGGUCUGCCUACCACGGCCGAAAUCUUCAUCGUUCCCAACAAGGGGCGCGGCGGCGGCGCCGCGGGUGAAAAGCGGCAACAUCUGGAACAGCUCUCGCAGGUGCUGCUAAGUGCUCUAAACCAGGACCUCGUCCAGUUCACACUCAAGGCGGGAGUGCAGGUGAACGUCUACGCCAGCAGACUGUCGCCAGCUCCUCUGGUGGACGGCAGCGAUAGCAGCCACAGCAGCACUGCGAUUAUCAUGCUGGUGUCCGUGGCUCUGAUGGGUCUGGUUGUCUUUGCCGUGUACAAAUUCAAAAGGAAGAUCCCAGGCCUCAAGACGUACACGGCGGAGCAGCCUGACAAAGAGCAAGAGGUCGUGCCCACAGUCACCUCCAUGGCGGACGCGAAAGCCGAGGCGGACGGCCUGACCUCACUGGAUCGCGUGGAUGUACAGCUGGAUUCAAAGAGCGCAGGCUACCUGCCAUCGCACGCAGACAUCAAGCUGUCUGAUGAAGCGCCCCACGUGUUUUAAUGUCGAGCGUCCAUGAGGCACGCCAAAGCAAUACAUCUUCCCUGGCACUUACUUGCAGCGCGGUCACGAUGAAUGCUCUCGAGUGUUUUGCUACCCAUGCAGAAGACGGCGCGGGCUGCUGGCUGAGACGCGCCCGCCUAUUCCCUCCGAGGAGACUGUACAGAUUUAUACGCACCGGCCUCUCCGAAUGGGACUCCUUUUUUGACUGGAGAGUAUUUUUUUGCAAGAACCUUGAUCUUUUUAUGUAAAUAGUGUACAGUGUGUUCGGAACGGAAGCAAAAACGCCUGCCUCACGGACACUUCUCGAAAAAGGAGUGGAACAGCGGGACUAAUUCCUUUUAUUCUCGCUGUAGACCCCCUUCACCCCCACCCCAACACACACACACACACACACACACAGACACCAAGGCACAGAAAAUGCAGACCAAAAUGCCAACUUUUAUCAUAUUACUCGCGUUUUUUAUUCACGAAAUAAAUUAAAAGAUGUAUGCACUGGUGACUAAUGCUAUCAUACAACAUAUUGGGUGCCAUAGGGGACUAAUUUCCACCUUCGUCAGCCAAUAACAUCAUGGCUUUGAGUGGCUCCUGAUUUGAUCCAAUAUGGCUGCCAGGGUGGCAUGUUGCUUAGCCAGGCUGCUGCAAGUCAAAUUUAGACUUUUUGGCUUCAAACCCUAUUUUGAAAACCCAACAGAACUAACUCU